AUGCCACCAAAUUCAAAGAAAGGAAAGAAGAGGAGCAAAUCCAAACAACAUACAAAGAAAGCGCUCUCGGGUUCAGCACAAGUCCCCGACGGAGGUUCUUUAGAGGCUCAGGUCUAUGAUGAAGAGGGCGAAUACCCCACCUCUCGUGUUAUAAAAAGGGCACCAAAUGGAGACGUUAUCGUAGAAAGUAUACCUGAAAAACAUGACAAAAGGCGAGCUUCACAUGAACAGUUAAAUAGUACUGCAGUCACAAGAACUCAGCCAUCGAUUUCGGCAAUAUUGGAUUCUCACUGGGAAUCUUUAUCUUCAGACGACAAAAAGAAUAUAUUAAGGAUUGAAAAAAAUGAGAUAUUCGAAGUAUUACGAGACUACCAAGUAACGCAUAGCUGCACUUGCUCUGUCUGCGGACGUCGUCAUAUGUCAAUGGAAAUAGAAAUGGAACGCAUCUACGAGAUGUUGUAUGAAAUGGACAAAGUAAAAGAUCCAGAACUUAAUCCAGUAAAAUUUCAUCUUUCUAUUAUAAAAGAGCUCCAGAAUUUCAAAAUGCGGCAGACCGGCAAUGAAUUUCGAGAAGAUGAACUACGAACGGAUGUUGAGAAGACGAUAGGUGAGAAAGAGACAGCAAACGAACUUGAAAAUAUGCGUGAUGAUGUUGUGAAAUAUUUCCUUUCAUCAGAUGCAGUAGAUACCCUUAAAGAGGAAGUGAACAAUUUCAAGCAAUAUAAACAGCAAUUACUUCAUAACGGCGAUCAUCUCAAUGGUAACAAUCAUAAUGCGUCAACUUCAACCUCACAGAAUAGAAGCGAAAAUAAUACGCGAUCGGUCGAGGAAAACUCCUCCAAAGUUUUGACUAACAACGAACCCAUUUUAUCAUCUAGUACUACAGAGGACAAUAUUGAAAAUGAUCUUUCUAAUGACAAAAGCGAGAAUACAAGUAGUGAACAUUUGCAGGAAAAAUAUAUCAAGUUUGCCAAAACUUUUGUAUCAUCACACCCCAAGAUUGCGGAAGAGUACGUAAACCGAAUGAUGAUGUAUCCGGAUAUGCAGGAACUGACGGAUGAUUUGAUGAAUAAUAACGGACAGGAGUUUGUUAAAGCAAUUGAGGAAUUCGUUAUGGAAAAAGAAGAUUGUGAACCCGAGAUGUCAUCAUUGGAGAGGCCGCAUCAACCAGAAAGUCGUCAGAAUGAAUUUGAUUUAAGCAAAAUUCAACAUCGGGAUGAAGUUGAAGGUUACACCGCAAUAAAACAUAACGGGAAGGUUCUUACACCUGAAGAAUAUAAUAUGCUUCAACGCAUGAUCGCAGAUAGCAUAGUAGACUCAUACGAUAAGACUACCGAUCAAUUCAACGAAAUCUCCCCAAUUGAAAGGGAGCUAUUCACAAGAUUCAUAUAUGGAGAAGAUAAAAAGGAAUUUCGUCAUAUAUUAGGCCAAACGUAUAAUGACAGAAUUUUGGAUCACGAUCCAUAUAUCGAUACAUGUUUAGCAGCGGCAGCAGCUACCACUGCAACGCCUAAAAUGAUCAGAGGUAAUGACAGCCAGAUAUUUGCAUAUAAGCACGACUCUAAGCAUGCUGGAAACAACAAUUUCAAUGACACCUACGACGAAUACUCCGAAUAUGAACACGAAGACGACGAAUUAGAAUACGACGACGAUGAAGAUGAUGAUGAGGAUGAUUACGAAGAUGAGGACGAGGAUGGUGUUGAAUCAGACCUGGUGGAUCAAGAAGAAGUGGAAGCACGGUACGAUGACGACGAACACUGCAUUAAUUCCUAUCCUAAUAUUAAAGAAGCAUAUCACAAUCAGCACAGUUCACAAUAUAAUCAUUCAAAUGAGCUUGAGGAGGAAUACGACGAAGAAGAAUAUGAUGAAGAAGAUCAAUAUGAUAGUGGCGUGGAUGAAGCAGGCCGUAUUGAGGAGGGUCGGAAGCUCAUCCAAAUUUCUAUCACCAAAUUAUUGCAAGCACGGAUUAUGGAUUCUUACCACGAAAAGCAAGCAGAGACCAAUAGGUUAAAACUGCUUCAAGAGUUAGAAGCUGAAGAGCAAAAGAAGAAGGCCAAGGAAGAAAAAAAGCAGAAAAAAAAAGAGAAAGAAAAGGAGAAGAAGAAAGCUCAUCAACUGGCUAAAGAAGAAGAAAAUCGCAGGAAAGAGCAGGAAGCCGAAGAGCAGAAGAAAGAGGCAGAGGAGCGGGAAAGACAAAGAAGAGAAGCUCAAAGGCAAAAAGUAGAAGAAGUGAAGCGUAAGAGAGAUGAAGAAAGGAAACGUAAAUUGGAAGAACAACGAAGAAGGGAAGAAGAGCAGGAACGCCAAAGAAAGUUAAAGGAAGAACAAAAACGAAAAAGAGAUGAAGAAAGGAAGAUGAAAGAAGAAGAAAAAAGAAAACGUGAAGAAUCAAAGCGUCUCAAGGAGCAACAAAGAGAAAUGCAAGAGCUACAGAGAAAAAACGCGGAGGAACAAAAGAAUAGCCAAGCUUCAAGAAAGAAAUCAGAACAAGAUGCCAUAACGAACAUGGAGAGAAUGAUGCCAUCUCCAAUGGCUUCCCAGUUUUCAAGCAUAUCACCGAAUAUGCCCUAUGGAAAUGUAGGUCAACCUUUGCCGGAUGUUAAUUCGUCCAAUAUCAAUGAUGAGAUUAACAGUAUAAUAAAUUCAGCAUCCGUUUCUCAAACUACACUUACGUCCCCGUCUCAUUUAAAUGGCUUGCUACAUCCAAGUCAUGGCACAAGAAAUAACCUCUCACCCAACCAGCAUAUGAUGAGUGAUGCAAAUCGUCGCUUUGACACGUCGGGUACUCUUCAAUCAUCCAGCUUUACAGCAGAUAGCAUUGGGCUUGAUCCUCUUUCGUGCUUACAUCCAAACGCAUCUUCUUCUCAAGACCUUGGAAACUCCAUGAAACAACAAAGUUUCGGUUUGCCCUCCUGGAACUCUUUUACAACUAAACCUACAACUGCACCUGAGUUUCAACAUAUACAACAUGCUCACAGAAAUUCGCAAGUUCAUCUCCAUGAGAACGGUUCAUCUGCAUUUGAUCUCGAUGGAUCUGAAAUCACAAAUAGUCAUUUUUUCGAGGAGGAAAUAGACAACUUGACGAACAUACUCAAAUCUGCUGCUUUAAAUGAAGUUCCAACUAAGGAUAAUGGCACGUCAGAUCAAUCACUGCUAUGGGGAAAUCAAAGAGCAUCAACAGGUGUCACCACUCCCAACAACGAGUCCUUUUUGAACAGAGACGGAGGCCAUCUUUCCGGGAUUAGUAUGCCUGGGCUGGAAAAUCCGAACCCUAGAGAUUUGCGUAAUUCAAGUCAACAUAGUUCAAUUUGGGGAAGUCUGAAUAACGGAUCAAGCAUUUCUGGUAACCAAGGUGAAGUUUUGAGCCUGUCCAAAGACCUGGACCCUGCUGCACCUACUUACUCAUCUUCAAACAUAUGGAAUAACUCAAUGUCCAAUGGAAUGUCAUUUUUAAACGGUUCAAAUGCAGUUUCUCAUUCAAGCGCGCAUCAAACACCAAACCCUCUGAAAUCCGGCAUGCGCCUUCCUGUCCAAAAUACCAUUAGUGAAGACGACAUGCAAGAAAGCAUAUACAAGGUCUACCUCGCUUUUUCAAGUGCUCACACUAACGAAUACGUUCCAACAGAUUUGCUACAUCAAAACAGUUUAUGCCGAUCUAUUGACUACUCAACAUUUAUCACAUUCUUAUUGCGUAUGCGGAUAUCUCAUGGAUGCGACUUUUUAGCAGACUCUUCAGGAUCCAUCACACAUAUAAGAAUAUCUACUCCCCCAGCAGCUGUCGGACACAACAACCGUAUGGGAUCCAUCUCUCAUGAGAACUUGCCAGCAGAUUUAUAUGCUGGUCAGCCACACCGCCAACUAGACCAACACGCUUCAUCGUCUGGGAUCAAUUCGAAUCUCAAUUCGAACUCGCGAUUAUUCUCCACAAUUUCAAAUUUAAACCCUUCCUCGUCUAUUACGGGCAGUUUCUGGAGCUGA